AUGAAAAGGCACUGGUUCAACUCCGGGUACGGAGAAAUUCCAGGCAAGCCAUACGACGACUUGACCAAGCACUUUCGCACUUCCGAUAUGGUUUCUAUUCGAUUCUGCGACUUCUCGUCUGACACUCAAGCGAUAAUUGGACAAAAGUUCACACCGUCUUCGCAAGGCAUGAUCAACGUCAAAGAAGAUGUGCCUUUCAUCAUCAAACGCGUAGAGCCCGGCUAUUUCCUUGGUUGGGCUGCUCACACCAGCGGUGGCCGCGGCUUGAAAGAAACGCCUUCAAUACCGAAGUCGGAGUACGCGAAGUACAUGGGGAUCGCUACUGAAGGCCAUUCGAAUGGAUCUCUCGGGAAUGACAGUCCGCACAGCCUACUCGAAGUGAGGCCAUUGGUGCAGUCGAGAAAUCUCAAGCCGAAGACCCAUGUCUUCGCGGGCGAGUUGAUAAAGGUCACUCUCCCAUCGAGGCCUCAUCGCUGGGGUCAGCUCGAACCUGAGUUUUAUUGGCCGUUGCAACGCCUGAGCGAUUUCCUCAUAGCAUCUCCUGGAUCUGCUGCCGCGAGGCUCGAUCGUAUCCCAAGAAACGCUGGAUUGGACGUCGAUGCGUUAAAACAGCUGCGGACCGCGGACGACUCCCUAGACGAGUACAUGAAAGCUGGUCUCGCAUAUCUCGAUGCUCUACACAAGCCGAAGCCAUCCGAUGACGACACGGACGCAGAUGCCCGUCCGCCUAGGGCUCAGGCAGCACCGGAUGACCGCAAUCCACCUCGCACCGGGCGCCCCGUUGCUACGGACGUUCGCUCGACAGCGCCGCAAGAUCAGCCUCGACAACCACCAACGAGGAUUACGAACGCGCUGAGGGACCCAAGACCCCAACCACCCACAGGGCCGAGGUUAAAGCGCUCGCGCGAUGGUGAUGAUCCUCCGGCGCCGAAUGCCACCCGUCGACGGCGGAACUAUUAG